CAGCUUUUUCUACUCGGCUCUUAUUUUGACAGGAAGUGAGACGGGCUUCCGUGUCGGUGUGCAGCUGCUGCGUGAACUGUGCGUGUCUGCAGCCGCAGCAUCAGCUCGGAAGUGCCGGCGGUCCGCUGAGGUGUGAGCCUCCGGGGAGCUAGCUAGAGACGGGGACCUCUGGGCCAGCCUUUGGCUGGAGGAGACCGGAAUUUGGAUUUAUUCUCUCUCGCCGGUGCGCUUCUCAGAUGUGAGGAUGCUGCUAGUGGAUGAAUGUCCUUCGCUGCGUACUGUUCUUGUUGCGCGGGUGAUUGGGAGACGUUUACGUGCUUAGGACCGAAACUGAGCAUUAAUUGUUUCAUUUGCUGAAAGUGGAUGACUUACCGCAUUUUGGGGGUUAGUUUUGAGGGGGAGCGAAAGCAGCGGGUGGGUUGCUGCAGGUGGAUGGCCGACCUGACCGUCAGCCGCAGCUUUCCUCCUCUGGCUUCAUCCGGGGCAGCGAACUCUCUAAAUUCGGAGUAAGGCACACAAACCCGAACCAUGCUUCCCGGAGUCGGCGUGUUUGGCACCAGCUUGACGGCCAGGGUGAUCAUCCCGCUGCUGAAGAACGAGGGCUUCGCCGUCAAGGCGCUGUGGGGACGCACGCAGGAGGAGGCGGAGGAGCUGGCUAAAGAGAUGAACGUUCCGUUUUACACCAACCGGAUCGAUGACGUUCUGCUACAUCAGGAUGUGGAUCUGGUCUGCAUCAACCUUCCGCCGCCUCUGACGCGGCAGAUCGCAGUCAAAACCCUGGGUAUCGGUAAGAAUGUCAUCUGUGAUAGGACAGCCACUCCUCUGGAUGCCUUCCGCAUGAUGUCAGCUGCCCAGUAUUACCCAAAGCUGCUAAGCAUUAUGGGAAAUGUGCUACGUUUCCUGCCAGCCUUUGUUCGAAUGAAGGAGCUGUUGGAGGAAGGUUACGUUGGAAAACUUCUUGUCUGUGAGGCGCAGGUCCACAGCGGGAGUCUCCUGGGGAAGAAAUACAAUUGGAGCUGUGAUGAGAUGAUGGGUGGUGGCGGUUUGCAUUCUGUAGGCAGCUACAUCAUCGACCUGCUCACUUUUCUGACUGGUCAGCGUGCUGUCAAAGUCCAUGGCUUCCUCAAGACGUUUGUCAAACAGACCGACCACAUCCGGGGCGUCCGGCAGAUCACAAGUGAUGACUUCUGCACAUUCCAGAUGGUACUGGAAGGAGGCGCCUGCUGCACGGUCACGCUCAACUUCAACGUGCCUGGAGAGUUCCGUCAGGAGGUCGUCAUGGUGGGGACCGUCGGCAGGUUAAUGGUCACCGGCUCAGACCUUCACGGACAGAAGAACAGUGGUGGAGGAGGUGGUGGUUCUGAGCUCCUGCUCAAAGACACCACUCCUCUAGAGAAGGCCUCCCUACCAGAAAAGGCGUUUAGUGACAUUCCAUCACCUUAUCUUAUUGGGACAAUCCGCAUGAUCCAGGCUGUUCAGCAGGCCUUUCAAGACCAGGACGACCGACACACCUGGGAUGGGAGGCCCCUCACUAUGGCCGCCACCUUUGAGGACUGCCUUUAUGCUCUUUGUGUGGUGGACACGAUCAAGAAGUCCAACCAGUGUGGAGAAUGGCAAAACAUUGUGGUGAUGAAAGAAGAACCGGAAGUCAGCCCUGCUUAUUUAAUCAGUGAGGCCAUGAGACGGAGCAGGAUGUCCCUCUACUGUUAGCGCCAGCUAGUAUGAUGCUGGAGUUUCUUCUAAGAAUCCAUCUGUGGUUUCACAGCUUCAGCUUAAGGACACAAGCAACAUAAUAAUGAUCAACCUUUUAAUUGAUAAGGAAGCAUCAAAUGUUUGAGACUCGUUUGGAGCUCAGAUGGAUCCAGUUAAGCUAGUUUUCGCUACUCAGCCUAAAACAGCUCUGUACAACUUGGUUUGAGUUAGUCCAUCCGAGUGUAGUUGUGCCCUAGCCAGUUCUGUCGUAGAGUGGGUGUGAGGGUGUGUGGGGGUGGGGGUGGGGGUGGGGGGGCUUGAUUUUUUUACUCAUGACAAAAUAACAAGGUGCUCAGUAAAAGGUGUGAGGGAACCUGUAUGUUCCACACAAACAAAACUCAGCUGAAAAAUGUUGGAUAUUUUGAUAAAUUGUAUGGUUUUUUGUCAGACUCUGAUCCAGGAAAUGGCUGCAGUCAGUGAAACAGAAAGCAAAAAACUCUGGAGCAACCAUUUACUCUGCCCCCUAGCCAAUCAGCGGCCAGAAUCGCGAUGCUGCCCUGACUCACGCCUGAUUUAUACUUCUCUAUUUGCAUCGGUGCAGAGACGUUGGCACGAGGACUCUCUGACGGGCUCACAGAGGCUGAUGGAGUCUUGCCCAAAAUGAUUAUUAAUAUUAUAUAUUAAUUAUGGAAAUCCCACUGCAGCUUUUAAUGGCUUUUCUACUGCAGCUCUCGUUUCUGAUGGUGGUGAAGAGCUACGUUAGGUUCAUGUACCAGGCCUGAUGACCUAAUGAGCCAGAGCUGUUCAGGAUUUACUUCAUUCACAAAUAUAUUCAAGCUCAUUGUAAAAUUCAGGAUCAUUAAGUGUGUUGUUUUUUUAAAGCUGUCUGAUUUUAUUUAUUUUAUUUGAUACAUCUUCUGUUUGUGGAAUGAGAAACAGCAGGCUAACUAAAUAAAAGAUACAAACACUGAA